GGUGGGGUAGAGAACCUAGGACUCCUCAAGAGAGCUCCCAAGACUCGCGUCAUUCGUCACUCUGGCUGGUUUAUAAAAACCCCACCAGAGCCCCGAGAUCAGUUUUAGUUUCUCUUCUUUCCGAAGAAGCCUCUCGGUGCCCAGCUGGGGAACCUGACCCUCGAGGAGCCGUCCAGUGGUCGCCGCGGUCGCCUGCAGAUUAGCCCGCGCUUGUUCGCCCUCUUUCCACUAGGUUACCGUCGCGAUUGACUUUAAAUCUGACACAGGGACCGCGUCGGUGAGGUUUGGCCUCUCGACCCAAGCUUACUGGGAAACCGAAACCGCUGGGCUCGGCUAGCGGCGCCGGAGAGCGCACGCUCCCCCGCCCGGGGCGCGCCCAGCCCGCGCGCCUCCCGCGCCCGCCCCCGGGACUCUAAGUUUCGAUUCUCCCUGGAGCAGAGUCCCGCGCCGCGGCCAGGCCAGCGCAGCGCGCCAUGGCGGACCCGGGGGUGUGCUGCUUCAUCACCAAAAUCCUGUGCGCCCACGGGGGCCGCAUGGCCCUGGAAGCGCUGCUCGACGAGAUGCAGCUCUCCGAGGCGCAGCUCUGCGAGGUGCUGGAAGAGGCCGGGCCCGACCGCUUCGUGGUGUUGGAGACGGGCGGCAAGGACGGGGUCAUCCGGUCCGUGGUGGCCACCACUCGAGCCCGGGUCUGCCGUCGCAAGUACUGCAGCAAACCCUGCGGAAACCUGCACCUCUGCAAGCUCAACCUGCUGGGCCGGUGCCACUAUUCGCAGUCGGAGCGGAAUUUAUGCAAAUAUUCUCACGAGAUUCUCUCAGAAGAUAACUUCAAGGUCCUGAAAAAUCAUGCACUCUCUGGACUGAACAAAGAGGAGUUAGCAGUGCUCCUUCUCCAAAAUGACCCUUUUUUUAUGCCAGAGAUAUGCAAAAAUUAUAAGGGAGAGGGUGGAAAACAGACUUGUAACCAGCGGCCACCGUGUGAAAGGCUCCACGUCUGUGAACACUUUACCCGAGGGAAUUGUGGUUAUGCCAACUGCUUCCGGUCCCAUAACCUGAUGGACAGAAAGGUGCUGGCCAUCAUGAGGGAGCACGGGCUGAGUUCAAGUGUGGUCCAGAACAUCCAGGACAUCUGCAACAGCAGGCACCGCCAGAAGAAACCCUCUGGGUGGAGAGCUCCUCCUUCACAUGGCAGAGACGCGGCGUACAGAGGGAGAAGCAAGAGCAGAGACCGGGGCAGCGGGGAGGCUCUUCCAUCUGCUGCAGCUUCUGCCCAGAGGUCCUGCCCCCCGAGUCCAGACCCCACCGGCCGCCGGUCUCCCCCGGAUGAUGUGCCCAUCAAGGAUCUUGCCCACAAGUUCACGCAUUUGGGAAGUCAGGAGUGCCCUCCGCCUUCCUCAGGCUCGUCCGCGGCUGCCAAUCUUGGAGGCACCGGUCAAGGGGGAGCAAGCCAGAGGUUUGCAGAGAAUGGCGCUCCAGCGGAUCUUUUCUACGGGAAUCACAGCAAUGCUUACUUCACUUUUGAUUCGACGUCAGCUCCCAAGUGGAAAGGCCCCGCCUCUUGGCAGAAUGACCAAGACACUGGUAGAGAGAGUUUGUUUUCUCCCAGUCAGGCUGUCUCCUUCUCGCCUCUUGGUUCUCCGCAAACACCUGAAACCAUCACCACCAGAAAGAGCACGGCCAUCCUUUCCUCGGACUGCGUGAACACGGCAGGCAGACGUGGGAAUCAAGACAGCCAGCAUUUCCCGCUUUUUAAUAAUAACGUCGAUGGCAUGGCCACAGAUGCCGCUUCCGUGAGAUCGUUAAAUUACAAAACCACAGCCAGUAGGCAGAGAGAAAAAUCGUUACCUAGGGGUCAGGACACCGGAGUGACUCGCAGUCAUCUGCAGGCCGCUGGCCAAAUGACAGCUGCCGACGAUGGGGCCAUGGCCUUUGCUAAUGAUUCCGUAUCUGACGUUGCGAGUACCAUAUGUUCUACGAGGGAUGAACAUGACUCAAACGAAAUUUGUCUUGACCAUCUGUAUAAGGGUUGUCAACUUAAGAGCUGCAACAAAGUUCACUUCCACCUGCCCUACCGGUGGCAGAUGUUACUUGCAAACACCUGGAUGGACCUCCCGCACAUGGAGAAUAUUGAGAAGGCCUUUUGUGACCCCAAAGUCUGCACCGUUUCUAUUGGAAAUUAUAAAAUCAGUUUCCAGAAGAUGACUUGUGAUUAUAAUCCCGUCCGACGUCUCUCCACGCCUUCAUCUGUCACAAUGCCGGCCAGUUCUCUCUUCACCACAAAAUGGAUUUGGUACUGGAGAAAUGGAUAUGACAAAUGGGUUCAAUAUGGAGAGAAGAAAGACAAUGAGCAAGUUUCAAACGUCGACUCUUCCUACCUGGAGUCUCUUUUUCUAUCCUGUCCCAGGGGAAUUGUGCCAUUUCAGGCGGGUUCACAGAACUACGAGCUGAGUUUCCAAGGGAUGAUUCAGACAAACAUAGCUUCCAAGACCCAAAAGGAUAUCGUCAGAAGGCCGACAUUUGUGUCUUACUGGGAUGUGGAGCAGGUGAAGCGCGGACAAGACCAUCAGCAGGUGAGGACCCAACCAGAGCCUUUCACCUCGAUAUUUCUUCCUCAACGGAACACGUGCGUCUCAUCCUCGAAUGGCUAUGAGUUGUUUGAGAUCAAUAAUGACUCUCUGGAAUAUGCCAAAGUGAGUGAGCGUUUUAAAGCUUCCAUGAAAAAUUUCAAGAUUGAAAAGAUAAGGAAGAUCCGGAACGCAAAGCUCUUGAAGGCUUUUGAAAGGAAGAAAAAGGAGAUGAACAGAGACGAGCUAAUCCUAUUUUGUGCAAUGAGACGCACCCAUGUAGAGUCUAUCUGUGCGAAUAAUUUUGACUGGGUCUUACAUGGAAUUCGUGACACCAAAUAUGGAAAAGGAAAUUACUUCACAAGAGAUGCCAUCAAUUCCCAUAAAAAUUGCCUGUGUGAUCCCAAAAACAUCGUUAUGUUUGUAGCCCGAGUCCUGGUUGGAGAUUUUAUUGAAGGACAUAUGGCUUACGUGAGCCCUCCUCUGCAGUAUGACAGCUGUGUGGAUACAAGGUUGAAUCCCUCUGUUUUUGUCAUCUUUCAGAAAGAUCAGAUUUACCCAGAAUAUGUGAUUGAAUAUACCGAAACAGACAAAGCCUGCGUGAUUAGUUAGAAAUGAUGGUUACAGCGUCAUAAAGCAUGCCAUAACCAUUCUGUUCACUUAUAGAACCAGACUGCCCCAGAUAAUAGUUAAACUUACAUUUCCUCUCCUAUAAAUGCCUUUGAUCAGUGGUUCCCAAACUUUACUGCACAUUUGAAUCAUCUGGGAAGCUCUAAAAAAUUCCACUGUCCAGAUUUCACCCCACUCCAACUAAAUCACUUUUUCUGGGGAUGAGAGCCAGGAAGAGGAUUGAAAUGUGUCAUAAAGUUUGGGAAUCACUGCCUUAGAUGUAACUGGUAAAGACUCACUUCUAAAACUUAUGUAAUUGCAGCAAACUUUCUCUCCCAACUACUCUUUUAGUUUAUUGCAUGACAUGGUUUCGUUUUGGUUAAAUUGAAAGAAAAUUAAUUUGGGAAAUUUGAGAGAAAUCUAAAAAUGCCUAUUGAAAUAAGAACAUAAGACAGUACAAGCAAAUCUUGGAUGGAAGAUUGUGAAAAGUUGGGGGAAAAUUCUUAGGGAUACACUGGGGGAAAAAUGUAAGGGCAAUUUAAAUGCUAGCACAGACAUAACUGCAGUACUAUACCUUUUCUUUGUGGUGAAACUGAUUUGGGGGCAUGCAUUUCUUUAUCUCUACGUUUAUUUAGGGCACUCCAUCCAGGUUGACUCUUUCUGAAAUUCAAUUAAAAAAGCUGCUAAGUGGGGCUCAGAGAGAAGCAACCAACUGGAGUUAACUGCCCAUUUGGGCUCUAUGAAAUUAUGGCAAAGUAGACGUUUAUAUUCUAACUAAUAUGAUUACAGAGAAGGCUUUUUUCAGGUCAGACUUUCAUGAAGUGUUGGUUGGUAUUUUGGGGGGACUGAGCUGCGGUAACCAGAUUCACACAAGCACGACUGAGAAAUCUGAGUGCUGUUGUAGUCGUUCACUGUGGCAGUUGAGGCUCAUCAAGAAAUUAGGAGCAGGACCAUCUGCUGAAGGAUGGGCCCCUAAGGAGGUGAGAUGAGUUUCCUAGUGAGACAGAAUCAGAACGAAGAGAACAAUGCCCCAAACAAGGCUCGCACCUGCUAGGGGCUUCUUUUUCUAAAUAUGACGGAUUGUGUAGAAUUGCAGCACAAUCAGUUUUUAGAGCAGCUGAGGUGCCUGGACCAAGAGUUCCCUUUCUUAUUAUGAAUCAGCGUUUUCCUUCCAGUUUUCCUUUUCAACAUUGCAUACGAGUCGCCAACAUUUCCUGUUAUAGUUCCUUCCAGCGGGUAUGUUAUAAAAAUUAAUUAGCAUUAGAGUUGAUUUUAUAUUAGAUUUUAGAUCAGUGCAGAGAUCUCUACAGCUCCUUGGCUUUAAAGGGCUCCAACAGUAACAAAUGUAUAAGAUAUGUUUUAGGGUAGGGUUAUUUUUCGAGACGCUUGCUAAAAGUAUUUUCAUUCACUUAUUUUUUUCAUGGUAGCUUCUGUUUUGGAGUUUUCACUUCCUGAUCUUGACCCUCACAUUGUAGAGAUGCUAUUUAUCCAACUCUAUCCGACUGCCCAUUGGACAUCUCUAGUUGGAUCUUUCACAGGCAUCUCUAAUUCAGCACGUCCAAAAUGGAGCUCUCCAUCUGCCUCUCUCAAACAAAUCAGUUUUUCCCCCCAGAAAAACAUCUGCUCAAGCAGAAAUCCAGAAGUCAUCCUUUCUUUCCCUCCCCCUGCACAUCUAAGCAGUUCCCAUGUUUUCCUUUUUAAAUAUCUCUUUGUCGCCUUUUAAGUUGUUCUUUGCUUAGCAGCAAGAAUUUAAAAUUUUUUACUUUCAAAACACGAAUCUGAUCAUGCCUUUAGAAUAAAGUUCAAAAUCAUCAUCAUGGCUCCACAUGCUCUCUCCCUUCCCUGUCCUCUCAUUUAUUUUCUUUCACGGUCACCCUGGCUUUCUUUCAGUUCUUCGGUGCCCCUUUUAACCUAGCUCGGUGGUUCUCACCCAGCACUCUUGCCUUUUUUUUUUUUUUUUUUAAUGACAAUUACUUUGUAACAUCCUCUUCAUUAUCUUCAAAAAUGCAAUUCAGUGGUAAUAUACUCUACCUAUACACAAUUUUAGAAGGAAAUUAAAAAUUAAAUAAAAUUAAUAUCAACAUAAAAGGGAAUGAAAGGUACAUAACUUGGGCACGACUAUACUACAAGACCUCAUUAAGUAGUCAGACGUUUACAUCUACUUAUAAAGAAUAAAUUUGAACUUAAAAGAAGGUAGGAGAUCAGAAGCUAUUCUGCAUAAGAAGUAUGGGAAAAUAAAAAAGCAGGGAUACGAGUGGACAUUGGAAUAAAAACUAGUGAUACAGUAACUUAUUUGCAUAUGAUAAUACUUAUUUCUAUAAGAGAAAGAACGAAACCACCUUAACUGAAAUGAAGAUACCAUGCAAGGAAAUCUAGGGACUUCCCUGGUGGUCCAGUGGUUAGGACUCCGUGCUUCCAAUGCAGGGGGCAGUAGUUCGAUCUCUGGUUUGGGAGCUAAGAUCCCACAUGCUGUGUGGUGCAGCCAAAAAAAUUAAAAAAUUAAAAGUUAAAAAAAAUAAAAAAUAAAAUAAAAUAAACUUAAAAAAAAGAGAAAAUCUACAGAUUGUCGAAAUGGAGAAAAUGAGGAAAUAACUAUAUUCUUGCAGGUGAGCUGUAGGUCAUACAUGAAUGUCUAGUGAGACAUUCAAAAUUCGUAUAGCAUGCAGAGUAAUUACUUAUUGUGAGGAGUUGUCCAAUGUAUUGCAAUAUAUUCAGCAUACUUGGCUCUCACAUACUAAAUGCCAGUAGCGCCCUCUCCCCCACUGCCAUUACGGUGGCAACCACAAACCCUAUCAGAUCUAUUCACCUUUUUCAGAGCAGACAGUUUGUAACAUCCCCUUUGCUGUCCUGAGAUGAUGAUUCAGAUACUACAAUCUACAUGAAUUUCUUAAGAAAUCAAUUUACUGCCCUAACUAUUAUAAUGGAGAAACAGAAGGAAAGAAGUUUGUAAUAAAGAUAAAAUGAAUAUCAAUGUGUAAAUGCUCCAGCAUGACCACGCUAUACGACAUCAUGAAAUAGAUAUCUACUUCUACUUAUAGUGAAUAGGUUUGGAUUUAAGAGUCGAUCAGAGGCUAUUUCCUGUAAAGAAGUACAGGAGAAUGAAAGAUUAUUGGUAUGGGUGACACCAGAAUGAAAACCAGUAUUAGGGUAAGUCAUAACAGACUAUAUACCUUCUCUGUAUGUGGUAAGGGAAAGAGCGAAGUUACGUUAAUUGAAAUAAGGAUAAUAGGACAAGACAAAUUACAGAUUGUCUAAGAGGAAAAAAGGAAUUAUAUUCUCUCAGGCGAGCUGUAGGUCCUACAUAAAUGUCCAGCAGGACAUUAGAAAGUCGUAUAGGGUACCGAAUAAUUCUUUGUGUGGGACUAACCCAUACACUGCGGGGCAUCUGUUUUCCCUAGCUACAUCCACUCAAUGCCAGUAAAAGUCCGCAAUUAUUGUGAAGCCAACAAUCCAUCAGUUUCCAAAAUACCACAGUGAGAACCACUCACUUAGUUAACACCUAGCAUCUUUAGAUUAGCUUACUAACCUCCAUAAGGAGUCCUUCUAUAGAUUAAACUGGAUGCUUGCCUCCCGGAUCUCUGGUUUUUAAAACACUUUGCGGCUUGCUUUGUUCAUUUUAAGCAUCUAUCCACCCUGGAGUUGUCUGCUUUCCGCAUUAGAAUGUAAGCUCCAUGAGGGCUGAGUCAACCUGUCUUGUUCACUGUGCCACCCCAGAUACCUAGCUGACUGCUUGAUAUGCUGAUACAUUGGAUAAAUUUUGUUGAAUAAAGUAAGCUCAACUUCUUAUAAUUCAGUAGUUGUAUUUCUUCUUGUUCUUCUCCAAGCUCCAUUUGAGAUUAUCUAAUAAAAGGAAAUAAA